AUGACGCCAACACCAUCCAACUUUCACGGGUCCCUCCGACCUAAGCAGCUCCAAAUCGAUGCCCUCAAGAUGGAAGAAGACACAAGAGUGCCGCCAUCGACCGAUCACGGUGGAUCUAGGGAUUUCCCCGGAGCAAACCCAGCCAAGAAGCCACAACGUCACCUCGGCGAUGCCUUCAAGAAGGGAGCGGUGCCCGAAGCCGCCGCCAUCGCCGGCCUCGGCCAGCUGCCGGCCGGCCAGCAACCGAGACAAGGCAUUAGCCCGGGACUUGUCGCGUCAUCCUACUUCGUGCCCAAGAUCGGACCACCUUCUUCCACCUUGCCCACCAACACCUCGCCGCUGCCCGGGGCCGCUGCCCCCGGAACUCCACCAGCACCUACCACUGCACAAUUGCAGCACCACCACGGCCAGGGCCUCCCGCGCCAGCCAGCCGCGACGCCCAGGCCACCCACGCCCGGAGCCGACCCGCAGGCCCGGAUCCACCACGGCCGGACCCUCGGCGCCGCCGCCCCGCACGGCCUCGCGCCACCACCUUCCCGAAGACCGGCCGCCGGCAGCAACGCAGCGAGGCCGCCGCGACGCCCUCCGCCGCGACCACCGGCCACGCACCGGAUUGGGCCCGCCGAGCCGCCGCCAGCAGCCACGCACCGAGCCGCCGCGAGACGCCCUCCGCCGCGACCACCGGCACCACCGGCCGGCCACGCGCUUCGCCUUAGCUACACGCCCACGCACGCACUCACGCAUUCCAGCUGCCGCUACUUCGCCGUCGCCGCCGCUUCCGACCGGAUGGGCGACGACGGCCGGACGGUGAUUAACUGGUAG